AUGACUUUCGAAGAACUGAAAAAGCCUUGUGACCAAAAUUUUGCCUGCAAAGAAAAUUCGGGAUGUUUCCAAGACUUUGUGAACUUCCAGUUUUUAGACCAAUGUAUCGAUGACAUGUUUGUACUGGGUCCAAUGGAAUUGUGUGAGGAAAAGUUGAAAGAAGUUUUGAAAAAGACACCGGAUCAAAUUUCGGAGUGUGUUAAGAAAUCCUUUGCUGACAAAAAUCCAGAAAAGUUUGACUGCGUAAGCAUCAAGGAGAGAGGAGAAUGCUUCUUGGCAGAUGUAGAAAAACAUUGUGAUUCAGAGUUCUUCAAAAUUUUCAAAGAACACCAAGAUCUCCGUCUCUACAAUCGUGCAUGUGACGGACGGUUACGGUACAAGGAUUGGGAUUAUUCGGGAAGCCAGGAUUUUGAAAUUAGGAAUAUUCCUGGUGGCGUGAAAAUAGUUGAUCCGAAGAGGAAUGUCACGGUGCAAAGGAAUUUGACGAAUAAUUUAAGUUAUAUUCUUUCGGUUUUAUUAGCGUCUUUGAUGUUUUGA